AUGACAAUGUCCUCUGGAUCAAGAGUCAGUAGUCUCCUGGGGGGUUGUCCAAGGACUCAUGGCCUCGCGACUCCUCGUCCUGUCAUCUCACCUCCUGGAGGAAUGCAGCUACUUUUGAUCAGAUUCUACCUAAUCGUCCUGCUAUUUGUCAGCUUGAUCGACGUCGAAGCCGUGAAAGAGUUGUCGCGUUUCACAGCGCUCACUCCAAACCCCGCACCGAUGCCUGCAGUUCAACAAGUGUCAUCCUCCUGGGCAAACGACGAGCAUACCUCGGGUGUUUCGUAUCGGCAAUCGGGCUCGAAGUUGUCGAAUAUCAACGGGGGCGCCGUACGGAUUAAUCGGAAUAUAAAACGUAAGCGGCGCCAUCGCGCCAUGGGAAAAGUGCUGGACGGCAAGAGUGUCCAUAAAACGUUUGUUCCCGGGCCGAAUUCCUCCGCCAAGUUUCUCGCUGAAAAACUUGCACAAGAAGCUCUCGACUCGAAGGAGAUGCAGGAUACUAUUAAGCACUUGACCUCGUUGGAGGGCGGUCGUCAACAACACAAAGUGUCAAGAAGCACGACCGCAAGGAGCAAGGAUCAGCAAAAACGCAAGGACCGGGAACACAGGAAGCGCAUGAGGCACCGGAAAGGGGAUCGGAAACACCGGCACCCGAACCAUCGUUUGAAAAGGAACGGUUCAAAAAAAGAAUCCUCAAAGACGAUGCGUUUGAAGAAGAAUAGCAAGCUUAUAAACGAGGGGAAACUUAGCGGAUUCGGGAAGAAAAGUAGUUUGCAAAAGUCACAUAAUCGUCGAAGACGAAGGGGCCAUCGGACAGGGAAAAAGACGAAAAACUUCGGUAAAACAUCAGGUGAUAAUCUUCGCUCGGUUAAUAAUGACGAUUGGAACACUAUCGAAGAACUGACGAACUCUGGUGCUGUGCACGGAAAAUACACAAACAUCGCGGUUCCACGACAAACUGGUAAUGAGAGAGGCGUCGUUCCCAGGAGCGAUAUGAUCGCCCGACUUAUGCUUACGACAACUCGCGACCCGACUAAGAAAAAGCCGGGCGAUCAGGGUAUCGAAUAUUCUGAAUACUAUAACGACAAUGAAAAUGCUUCGCCAAUGGAGAUCGGAUCGCCUACUAAACUGGACGAGGCUUCUGGAGACUUAGCCGAAGGACAAAGCAGAUCGAUUCGGGAGAUUGCGGACGAUAAUCUUCUUCAUCAUCAAGAUUACGACGAUUCUUUGGAUGAUGAAGUGUCCUCAGAGGACGUAGACAGGUCCAAAAGAAAUGAUCAAAAAUCCGUCAAAGUUAUAGAAGACCCAUUGAACUCCAUGGAGUAUGUAGACAGCACUUAUGGGUCACUGCAUGUGGACGGUGUUGCAGAGAACGAGCGAAUGCCUCCUUACUUGGUCAACUAUAAUUACAUUCCUAAUGAGGGAGUGCAGAUGCCUGUCCGAGCGUUACAGAUCCCGUAUCAUCCGCCAAGUAAUCCUUCAGCAGGUCCUUCAGGAGUGGGACAACCGAUGGCGAACCAAUUCUCUUCGGACGAGCAGGACUCGCGCAACAAAAAUUUCCUCAUACCAACGGUGAAUCCAAUUUCGUUUGUGAGCAAUGCACAGUUAGCUGCUUCCGGUCAACUUGGGAUCCUCGACAAUGACGCAUUGUCUCAAAUGCCGCAGCCAAACUUCGCUGAAGGUGAACAGUUUGCUGCUUCCACCGUUUCGAGAUCCAGCAGGUCCAGCACCGAUCCUGUGACUUUCACUUCUGGAUUGGCGACUCUUGGCGGAAGUACAUCUGUAGCUCCAGAACCCAAGUUGAGGAUGACACCUGUGUCGGUUGGUACCAAUGCAGUGGCUUCUAGACUUCGAAGCGUUGGAACAGCUGUUGAUGCUCCGGAAGUUGCGUAUUUAAGUUACCACGACGGAGGGGAAGACAUUCAGGGUCUGGAUCAAAUCGAAGCAGCAGCAUCUCGGAAAGUUGUACCAAAAAAUGGGACUGCUGAAAAGAAUAUAAGUAGAGAUACUAGUUCCACGAAGGUGGACACCCACUCGUCUGCAGCGUCGACUCAGUCACAUUUGAACGAUCCGAAAAAUAACAGCAAUAGUAACGCUGAUACGGACGUGAGUAAUGUCGUAUUGCCUGCCACGUCAUCUCCGGCUUCAUUCACCCCCAAGCCCUGCACUCCAGAGCCAGGAAACGUAACGUUGAAAGCAAAUGAGACGAAGGCAGUUGCUAGCCAGAUACUCAAUGAAAUCAUAGAUGAACUGGAAGAACUGAAGUUAGAAAAUCCAAAAGAUGAGCGAAAGGAAGGUUUACCCUGCAGACUGACAGGGUCCUGGGUGACGACGAGAGCCGGCGUUCGAAUCGACAUGGAAGUGACGAAUCACAGCGUGAGAGCCUCUCUUGACCACCUUACGCCACCACCGAUCUCUGAAGGUCUUUUGAACGUAACUUGGAACGUGACCGGUUUUGCACCCUUCCAACGGGGAGGCCCUUUCACUUUGUUAGCAACAGAUAAUCACACCAAAACGCUCGCUGUCUUUGUCGGGGCAUGCAAAGUUUGCCAAGGUAUCGACACUAUAGAAGGAUCGUGGACAGUGUCGCGGGAGCCAAGGGAUUGCCGAGACUUUCAAAUGUCGAGCAGUAUUUUCAACGAGAUGUUCAGACGAACGCGUCUUUUCUCGGCGAUCAAAGAGAAACAAGUGCAACACGACGCAGCAUCUUUGAACACGACUGCUACCCCGGGCAAUAAUUCCUCGCUAUCACAAAGUACAAGUCCUAGACACGAGGGGCUGGCCGAUUUCAGCAAACUCCACAAUCAAACUACCCCGUCAGUUAAUGGCUCGAAAUGAGACGAUCAGUCGAGAGCGAGUAAGAAUUAUGCUACAUUUAGACAUUGGCAAGUCAGUGCUGACACGACUCUGGGUUUCGAAGACCGCGCUGAUCGACGCGAU